CCGCAAAGCAGAUGUCGAUAACACAAGCGUUCACAAAUGCCACACAGUAUGAGAAGAGUUCAAGAAGAUGGAAAGAAAUAACUGAUGCUAUUUGUUAUUACAUCGCAAAGGAUAUGACUCCCUUGGCUACAGUGGAGCGAAGCGGGUUUAAACACCUCGUUAAAACUCUCGACAGAAAAUACACUGUGCCAUCGCGAUCACAUUUUUCUACAACUGCGCUGCCAGACAUGUACAAGACAUGUUGUAAAAAUGUAGCUGCUGAACUGAAAAAUGUUCAACACUUUGCAGCCACAUCUGAUCUCUGGUCAAGUAGGACAAUGGACCCAUUCUUGAGCCUUACUUUGCACUACAUUGACGACGAUUGGAAGCUGCACCAGAGAUGCCUUGAGACGGCAUAUUUUCCAGCCGAUCACACGGCAGAUAUGAUUGCGCAAGGUCUGAAAGAUAUGCUUUCUGAAUGGGACCUCGCGGAAGAAAAACUUUCAGCCAUUACGACAGACAACGAAGCAGAGAUGAGCAGCUAUUUGGUGUCCCCCAUGCUGGAUAGUGAGGCAAAUCCACUGGACUGGUGGAGGAAGCAUCAUGUACACUUUCCCACUCUAAUUAAGGUGGCAAAAAGUAUCUCUGCAUACCAGCUACUAGCUCCCCAUCAGAGCGGGUUUUUUAGUUCGGGCGGAAACAUUGUUACAUGCCUCAGGUCCUGCCUGAAACCUGAAAAGGUUAACAUGCUCGUGUUUCUUAGUAAGAACUUAGAGUAAAUUCAUGUUCAUAUAGUGAC